AUGGAGCCAUAUGCCGAACCAGUUGACUGCAAGAACCGUCCAGAGGACCACAAAAAUGGGCAUUAUUCUAUCGUUGGGUCAGCGAUUCUACGUCCAAACUCCGAAUAUCGCAUAUGUGUGACUACGUUCGAUUUGAAAGAAGCGAUCGAGUUUCGCAUAUCCAUCAAAGAUGGUGCAAAUAUAAUUAAUAGCGAGGAACUUACGCUGAGCAAUAAUGAGUCCCGAAACGUUACUUUAGAGAUUGGCAGUAUUCCCAAGAGUGAAUCGUAUGAAUUGGUGGCAGAAGGAUUGUCCGGAAUAAUUUUCACGGAGCGCGCCGCUCUUAAAUUCGACGACAAGCAGUGCUCGAUGCUGAUACAAAUGGAUAAGGCCUGGUACAAACCUGGCGAUACGGUUUAUUUUCGGGUGCUGGUUCUGGACCGUGGCUUCAAGCCAUAUGUCCCACCAAGCGCCAACGGUAUGACAGUGUUUAUUCGUGAUGGGCAGGGCAAUCGGGUGAAACAGUGGAGCAACGUAGCAUUAUCAGAGUGUGGGGUUUUCGAGGCGGAUGUUCAACUAUCCACGGAACCCAUAAUAGGAGAUUGGAGCGUAAACGUGAAAGUAGCAGAAGAGGAGCAAGUGAAAAACUUCCUCGUUGAGCGCUAUGUGCUGCCAACCUACUCGGUGAAGGUGGAGGCGCCUGGUUUUGUCUUUCUCUCCGACGAGGUUUUGAAGUUAGUGGUGACCGCCAAGUAUACCUUUGGGAAGCCGGUCGUAGGCGAGUUGACCUUGUCCGUCAAACCGAGUCAGGAAUGGUGCGGUUGGCACGAAUCGAACAAGGUUCCUGUGCACAAGCAAACCGUGCCGAUCGAUGGCAAAACGAUUGUCGAAUUCAACCUUAAGGAACUGUUGAAAGAGGAUUUCUACUUUCGAGAGGUUUCAGUCGAGGCAGAAGUGAAGGAAACCCUUACUGGACGGACGAUGCGUGACUCUACAAAAGUGAAGCUACACGAAAAGCGUUACAAUGUGAGCCUUGAGGAAGAAUCGAGCUAUUUCCCCGGUUUGCCUUACCACGCCUGGAUUAAGAUCACGAAUGCCAACGGCAGCCCCGUGCAGGAUGCUUCUAACCCGGUACAUGCUACUAUCAACAAUAGAAACAUUGAUUUGUGGAAAGAUAGUCUUACCCUGGAUAGUAACGGAAUGGCAAAACUCAAUGUUAAUUUGGAUGAGUUGAAGUUUUCUUACCUUACUGUGCAUGUGACGUAUCUUGGAGAGCGCUACGAGCCAGGAGGUAUUUCGAAACCGGAUGAGAGUGUAAAGGCCAAAAUGAGAGUACGCCCAAAGGAGAAAGUGUUUACCCUCGGGAAUGAGCUGCAUUUCGAAGUAGCUUCUACGCAUCCUCUGAAACACGUCUCAUACUCCUUGCUGGCUCGCGGAGAAUUGGUCGCCAGCGGAGUCAUCGAUGCGGCGGACAGUACACUCGUGCCUAUUACUCUACCGUCCACGAGCCAAAUGCUGCCACGAGCAAAACUUUUGUUACACUACAUUACCACGGAAGGUUAUAUCGUGACCUCUCACACUAAUGUCGCCUUUGACAAUGUGUACGAAAAUAACGUUAAGCUGACACUGUCGCAGGAGGAAGCCAAACCAGGGGAAGCCGUGGAUCUGACUGUGCAGACGCAGAAGGAUUCCUUCGUCGGACUGCUAGGGGUGGAUCUGAGUGUCGUGUUGCUUAAGUCUGGCUUCGAUCUAAGCCGGGAUAAGGCAACCGAAGAAUGGCAGCGUUAUGAAUCGGCUCCUUCUGCUCCAUACCGUUGGGUUGAACACAACGUCAGAGAUGCUGAGAGCGUGGGAGCAAUUUUGCUGUCAAAUAGGUUUCUCCCACCACGGCGACCUGCCAUAAUGUAUGAAAGUGGCAUUGCAUAUGCUAGUAGUGCCAUGUUUGGAGGUGCAGCUCCAAGAGCAAUGAAGAUGGCCAAGCGUGGUGGGCCCGUUGCCGAUUCAGCAGUUGAUGAGCCGCCUGUACGUUCGAACUUUUGCGAGACGUGGAUCUGGGAGAGUUUUUCUGUAGGCAAUGAAGCGCGAUCCAUUAGCAAAACUAUUCCGGACACAAUCACCUCGUGGGUUAUAACUGGAUUUUCACUCAACAAAACUCACGGCUUAGCACUGACGGAUGAGCCAUCGAGGAUUACCGUAUUCCUUCCGUUUUUCUUAUCGAUUGACCUUCCGUAUUCGGUCAAGCUGGGAGAAACCGUGCGAAUUCCGGUGGUCGUUUUCAACUACAUGCAGGAAGAUCAUGAAGCGGACUUGGUGUUCUUCAACAACAGUGACGAGUUUGAAUUUGUUGCUGAUGACACCACGGAAGCGAAAGUCCUUGAAGAUCAUCAUCGCACGAUCAGAUCCACGAUUGCACGUGACAGCGGAAAAACAUUUUCAUUCCUGGUAAAACCGAAAAAGGUCGGUCACAUCACCCUGAAGCUAACGGCUAAGUGUGCGACUGCCGGCGAUUCUAUUGAGCGACUGCUGCUGGUAGAACCCGAGGGUCGACGGCAGUUCAUCAACAAGGCCAUGCUGAUCGAUUUGCGCACGGAAAAGGAGAUGCACCAAAACUUCCAAGUGGAAAUACCGGACGAUGCCGUUCCAGACUCGAGCAAGGUUGAGGUGUCCGUCAUAGGGGAUGUGCUGGGAUCGUCAAUUGAGAAUCUGGACUCCUUGAUCCGCAUGCCGUUCGGAUGUGGCGAGCAGAACAUGCUCAACUUUGUCCCGUGUAUCGUCGUGCUGGACUAUCUGAGCGCCUGCGGACGUCUCUCGGUGGAGAUCGAGGCAAAGGCGAAGAAGUACAUGGAGGUGGGCUAUCAGCGAGAAUUGACCUUUAGGCAUGCGGACGGAUCGUUCAGUGCAUUCGGGCAAUCGGACGAGAAAGGUAGCACCUGGCUGACGGCUUUCGUGGCCAAGUCGUUCCAGCAGGCGGCGAAGUACGUCACCAUUGACAUGGCGAUCAUCGAUAAAGCGUUUGAAUGGCUCGGCAACGUGCAAGCAAAAGACGGGUCGUUUCCUGAGGUUGGAACCGUUUGUCACAAGGAUAUGCAAGGUGGUUCUGGGUCGGGCAUUGCGUUGACGGCUUACACGUUGGGUGCCUUUUUGGAGUUCGCAAAAAAUGAAAAAUUUGAACAGAAGUACGCGAAAACCGUCGAGACAGCGUUGGCGUAUAUUAAGAGCAACAUUAAAAAGCAAGAAGAUAUCUAUGCCUACGCUCUGGCUGCGUACGUGCUAGAAAAAGCUGAUCGUGUGUUGAAACGUGAAGUUCUUUCGGAUCCAGCAGUUCCGAAGCCCACGAACGAAGCGAUCGAUAAAGCUCAUCGUGAUAUAAAAUUCGAGGUGUUCAAUCUCCUGGAAUUGAAGGCGACGAUCAAGGGAGAUCGUAAAUGGUGGAGUAAAUCUACAGACACAGCAGUCGAUAGCAACCCCAGGUGCUGGUGGAAUCGUCCCUGCUCGGUCGAUGUCGAGAUGAGUGCGUACGCGUUGAUGGCCACACUCGAGGCGAAGCCCAACGGGCUGGAGGGGUUACCCAUCAUGAAAUGGUUGGUCUCACAACGCAACGACAAGGGUGGUUUCCAGUCUACUCAGGAUACGGUCGUGGGGUUGCAGGCACUCUCGAAAAUGGCCACCAGCCUGUCAGGAUCGGAAGCAAAUAUUUCGAUCAAGGUAAAGUUGUCCAAUGAAGAGGAGAAAUCGAUGGCCGUCGAUCGUGAUAAUGUUUUGGUGUUGCAAAAGUACGAGUUGUCAAAUGCAACAAGAGAGCUUGAGAUGAGUGCCACCGGAAGUGGAUGCGCCCUAUUCCAGCUGUCGUACAAGUACAAUAUCAAGGACAUAGACAACAGCCCGCGGUUCAUACUCAUCCCGGAAGCUAAGCGAGGAUCGUCUGUUUAUUCCAUCGAACUAAAGAUAUCCGCCAGCUUCAUUCCGAAUGCAGACCAAACCGUCUCCAACAUGGCCGUGAUGGAGGUGGACAUGCCGAGUGGCUGCGUGGCCGAAAUUGACAAAACAGAGUUCUUGCAGAUCAACAAAAAAGUGAAGAAAGUAGAAACGAAGCGAAGCGAUACAGCAGUGGUACUUUACUUCGACAACAUGGAUGAAACAGUUGUCACCGUUCAGAUAAGUGCCUUCCAGAAGCACGAAAUAACAAAUCCGAAGCCUGCCAAUGUAACUAUUUAUGACUAUUAUGAUAACACGCGCUGUGCAAGUUCGUUCUAUGAAGUUACAGCUUGAAUGUGCUUAGAGUUGCAGGUGGCCAAAGGUUCCUAAGGAAUAGUAUUCGAACAGUUUAAAUGUUGGUUUUUAAAAAAAGAUGAUCCACUAUACAUUACUAACUUACAAAAUUUUGAAAUAUAUUGAAA